AUGUCCAAGCCAAACGUUCGCCGACAGUCAAGGGGCACACCCUGGUACGUUGCCGAAGGCUAUGGUGGCUGCGCGGACGUCCAGAUUGAAACGAAAGAGCUGGAGACCUUGAGGGGCAAAGUGUCCAAUGGGAGGAAGUUCGACUUUGCCAAGGACCCGGAGCAAGAGUGGUCCAGUUGGCCAAAGUCAACGAUCCCAUGUUGGGAUCCGUCCACCUUGAGCUUCCUGGGCGAAGUCCCUGCGUGUGGCGAGGAGGAGGUGGUGAAGAUGGUCGGCAAGGCACGUGUAGCUCAGCAGGAAUGGCAGAAGUCGUCCUUCGCACAGAGACGCUAUUUGCUGCGAACCAUUCAGACGAACUUCGUGUUGAACAACAUGGAGACCAUUUGCACCGUGGCCUGCCGCGACUCCGGGAAGACGGUGAUCGACGCCAUGGUGGGUGAAUUGACGGUGACCUUAGAGAAGUUGCGAUGGACGAUUGCCAGUGGAGAGGAGUAUUUGUUGCCGGAGUACCGCAACUCAGGCCUGAUGAAUCUUCACAAGACUAGUCGCCUCGAAUGGGUCCCCGUGGGCGUGGUCGGAGCGAUCGUUCCUUGGAACUAUCCCUUUCACAACGUCUUCAACCCGAUCGUGGCUGCCGUCUUCUCCGGGAACGCCAUUGUGAUCAAAGUCUCCGAGUUCAGCGCCUGGUCCUCGCAGUUCCUCUCGCGCGCCCUCCGCGCCUGUCUGGCCGCGGCCGGCGCCCCGCUGGACCUGGUGCAGCUGGCGCCCGGCUACGCGGAGGCGGGAAAGGCCCUGGUGGAGCAGAGCGACAAGGUGAUCUUCGUGGGCAGUGUCAACGUUGGCCGGAAGGUUAUGGAGGCGGCCAGCAAAGCGCCGACCAUUACACCUGUGAUCUUGGAGCUCGGAGGCAAAGAUCCCUUCGUGGUGUGUGAAGACGCCUCCGUGGACGAGGCCAUGACCCAGCUAGUGGUGCGAGGCGCCUUUCAGAACAUGGGGCAAAAUUGCGCAGGACCUGAACGCUUCAUCGUCUACGACAAGGUCUACGAUAGUUUCUGCACAAAGAUCUCGGCAUUGGUGGGGAAGCUCGCGCAAGGCGUGCCCUUGGGCCCCGAUGGACCUUUCGUCGACUGCGGCGCCUCGGUCCAUCCUCCCAGCCUGGAGAACUACCAGCGCCUGGUCGACGAUGCCAAAAGCAAGGGUGCUCGAGUCUUGUGCGGAGGUGGCAAGGCCAAAUUGGAGGGCCAGUUCUUUGAGCCCACCGUCUUGGCAGAUGUCACGGAGUCGAUGCUCAUCGCGCAAGAGGAGUCGGAAAACGAACAUGAGACCUUCGGGCCCAUCUUGUCGAUCUUCCGCGUGAAGGGCACCGGCGAGGCGGCCGACCAGGAGGCACUACGUUUGGCCAAUGCCUGUGCCUUCGCGCUCUCUUCCUGCGCACACAGUGGAGAUGAGCAACGGGCAGCGAAGCUUUGCCAGGGCUUCGAGGCAGGGAUGGCCAGUGUCAAUGAUGUGGAGGGCACCACCUACUUGAGCCAGUCCUUGCCCUUCGGCGGCUACAAGGACAGUGGCUUUGGUCGCUUCGCUGGGCCCGAGGGUUUACGUGGUUUGUGCCAUGAGCGCUCCAUCGUGCAGAAUCGGGCGUCCUUCUUGAGGCCCACCAUCCCGCCGGCCAUCGCCUAUCCGGCCAAUGGCCAGGGAGAGCUCUUUUGCAAAGGGUUGAAUCUGCUCCUCUACGGCAGCGUGUCGCAACGACUCCAGGGCCUCGUCGCGUUGAUCAAGGCCUCCAUGCCGGCGAGCAAGAAGGCCUGA